AUGGGACGAAAGGUCGUGCUCACCCUGCAUCGCAACGAUCUCCGACUGCACGACAACGAGCUCCUGCAUGCAGCACACGACUCCUCACACAGCGACGUGACCCAUGUCCUGCCGCUCUACGUCUUUGACGAGCGAUUUGUCGAGCUCUCGGGUUUCCCAGGGUAUGACAGGGAGGGACCAGAGGCACGGACGCGGCUGUGCGGGUUCUGGAGGACAGGAGCAUUCAGGGCGCGGUUCCUGGUCGAAGGCGUGUACGAUAUGCGCACCUCGCUGCGACAGCGCGGAUCGGACCUUCUCCUGCGGUUCGGCAAGAUGGAGAAGGUCACGACCGAUGUUGUCAAGGCGUUGAUCGCGAACGGAGACGAGGUUCGCGAGGUCUUCUUGCAAAAGGAGUUCUACACGGAGGAGCUGGCGAUCGAGCGCAAGUUGCGGAAGGCUUUGCGGAAGGUCGGCGUCGAGCUGCGGACGUUCGACCAGGUGCCCCUCAUCCACGUCAACGACUUGCCCUUCGCACCCGAAGCCAUGCCCGACGUCUUCACCCCCUUCCGCAAGCGCAUCGAGAACCUGCCUCGCCUCGGUCGCCCUCCCUUCCCUAUCCCAUCACCCUUCAAGCCCUACCCUCGACCGCCAUCCGACUCGCAACCCUGGCCCGGCUACGGCGCACACAUCGAGCUCGAACACCGGGGGCUCGAGUACGUCCUGCACUGUCUCUUGCGGCCUUUGCAGGACACGUUCCAGCUGCGCGCUGGCAGCGAGGGCAAGAACCAGAAGAGCGCGUUCCCGUACGCGGGAGGGGAAACGCCCGCAGUCGAGCGGCUCGAGUGGUACUUCAAGGAGGGGAACCCGCCUCCUGUCGCGCGGUACAAGGAGACGAGGAACGGAUUGCUUGGUCACAGCUACAGUACCAAGUUGUCGCCCUUCCUCGCGUUCGGCUUCAUCUCGCCCAGGUUGAUCGUCAAGGCGCUCGACGAGUACGACGAGAAGUUCCGGUCGACGCAGAACACGUACUGGAUCCGGUUCGAGCUCUUGUGGCGCGACUACUUCCUCUACGCUGCUCGCAAAUUCGGCUCGAAACUCUUCACGCUCGGCGGCUUCGAGGAGCGCACAGACCCGAAACAAGCAGCGAUCAAGACGCAACCUGGGUGGUGGAAGCAGUGGGACCAGGACCAACCUCUCGUCGGACAGACCGACAAGGAGCAGCCUGCGGUGCGUUGGAUGCAGGGAAAGACGGGCGUGCCGUUCGUCGAUGCGAACAUGGCUGAGUUGCGGGAGUCUGGCUUCAUGUCGAACCGAGGUCGGCAGAACGUUGCGUCGUUCCUCACGAAGGACCUCCAGAUUGACUGGCGACUCGGUGCCGAGUUCUUCGAGAGUCACUUGAUAGACUACGAGCCGUCCAACAAUUGGGGCAACUGGGCGUACAUCGCCGGCGUCGGCAACGACCCUCGCGCGUCUCGGCAGUUCAACCCGGUCAAGCAGGGCAACGAUUACGAUCCCUACGGCGACUACGUCCGCACCUGGCUUCCGCAGCUCUCUGCCGUCCCGACGAACCGCAUCCAGUGCCCCUGGAUCCUCUCCGACGCCGACUUUAACAAGUACAUCCCGAAGGGCUCGUACCCCCGCAAGCCCGUCAUCGAGCAGCCAGGCUGGAAGGCGCACUACACCCGCCGCGGGCCGAGCAAGCAGGGCGUGCCGAACCGCAAUGAGCGCGCGAAGAACCUUGGACCGGUGAUUCUUGGUGCUGCGGCGGCGCGGGAGCAGGGGAAGAAGCCGAAUGGCGUCAGUACGGCGACGCAGACGGCGGGCAGCGAGGCGGACGGGUCGUCGAGGAGGCGCGAGACUAAGCUCAACGGUAUCGUGCGGGCCGAGGCGAAGCAGAACGGCAGCGGCGGCGGUGGAGUGUCGAAGGCGCGGUGCUUGGAGUAG